AUGUGGACUGUGGUAGCAUCGUGUUUAGCACCUUUGCUAAUCAUAUAUGCAACUGGCUGGAUUAUGAAGUGGAGGCAUCCAAAAUGCAAUGGGAUUCUACCACCUGGUUCCAUGGGCUUGCCUCUCAUCGGAGAGACCCUCAGUUUGAUCUUUCCUAGCUACUCUUUAGAUCUUCACCCUUUUAUUAAGAAAAGGCUUAAGAAAUAUGGGCUCAUCUUUCGGACAAGUAUUGCCUUUAGACCAGUUGUUAUAUCAGCCGAUCCUGAAAUCAACAAUUACCUGAUUCAGCAAGAAGGGAAGCUACUUGAAGUAUGGUACUUGGACACAUUUUCCAAAAUCUUCAAGCAAGAAGGUGAUUCACGAAUGAAUGCAGCCGGAAAGGUUCACAAGUACUUAAGACACAUUUUCUUGGAUCACUUUGGUGCUGAGAUCCUCAAGGAAAAAUUGCUCACCCAAAUAGAAGCAUGCGUCAACAAAAGUCUAUGUUCCUGGUCUAGUCAGGAAUUUGUUGAAGUUAAACAUGCUGCCUCAGUGAUGGGAUUAAACUUUGGUGCAGAGCAUAUGAUUGGUUACAAUGCUGAAAACUCAUCUGGUAACUUGAGUCAGAAGUAUACUAGAGUCAUAGAAGGUCUUAUGUCCUUUCCAAUAAACUUCCCCGGCACAGCAUAUUAUAAGUGUCUAAAGGAGCACAAGGAGGUAGUAACCAUGUUGAAGGAUAUGCUAAAGGAGAGACGUGUUUCCCCUGAGACACGCCGAGGAGAUUUCCUUGAUCAUCUCAUUGUUGACAUGGAAAAGGAGGAGUUUAUGACAGACGAUUUCGCAGUCCAAUUGGUAUUUGGGGGCUUAUUCGCUAACUAUGAGUCCGUUUCACCAGUACUGGCAUUAUGUUUAAGUUUACUGGCAAAGCAUCCUUUAGUUCUGCAACAGUUGACUGCUGAGCAUGAGACAAUUCUCAACAAUAGAACAAACCUAGACUCUCCACUCACAUGGGACGAAUACAAAUCGAUGACUUUUACUCUUCAGGUUGUCAACGAAACUCUGAGGCUGGCAAAUGUCGCACCUGGCUUAUUACGUAGAGUAUUGAAAGAUAUUGAAGUAAAGGGCGUUACAAUUCCAGCUGGGUGGACAGUUAUGGUUGUCAACUCUGCUCUUCAGAUGAAUCCCAGCAUAUUCAAAGAUCCCCUCGAGUUCAAUCCAUGGCGUUGGAAGGACCUGGACGGACAUGUUAUAUCAAAGAACUUCAUGCCUUUUGGUGGAGGAACGAGGCAAUGUGCAGGAGCAGAGUAUAGUAGAGCUUUCUUAGCCACCUUUCUGCAUGUCUUGGUCACCAAAUACAGGUGGAUAUUGAUCAAAGGAGGAAGCAUUGUGCGAAAUCCUAUGUUAGGAUUUGGAAAUGGCAUUCACAUUAAGUUCUGUGAGAAGAAAAACUGA